CAUGAAGCUAAAUCACGGACAGAAUAAGAACAAUAGGAAUUUUCACGAGUGGGAACUAAUUUGUUAGACUUAGAACUUUUUAUUGUCAUUGUGCAGUUUUUUGCGUAGGGGUGCAGUCACUGGUGUAGAUGGUGUACAGGAGUGGACCCAGCACACAUCCCUGUGGUGAGCCAGUGCAGAGUGAAAGGGUGGAUGAUCUCUGCUUGCCAACCUUGACUGACUGGAAGUUUUGUAUCCAUGACAUGUGGUGGGGGAGAGGUCCAAGUUUAGCAGCUUGGCUAUAAGAAUGUCUGGGUUGAUGGUAUUGAAAGCUGAGCUGAAAUCAAUGAAGAGCAUCGUUACUGAUGUCCCAGGAUUCUCCAGGUGAUGCAGAGCAGAGUGGAGUGCAGUGGAAAUUGCAUCCUCGGUGGACCUGUUUGCUUUAUAGGCAAACUGGUGGGUUUCGAAGCUGGGUGGGACGCAGUCCUCUAUGUGUUUUAAGACCAGCUUCUCGAAGCACUUUGCAACCACUGGAGUCAGUGCGAUGGGUCUGUAGUCGCUGAGGCUACUGAUGGUGGUGGACUUGGGGACUGGGACUAUUGUUGCUUAUUUCAGGCAUUUGGGGACAGCGGCAUGUGACAGGGAGAGGUUGAAUAGUCCAGUGAACACAGGAGCCAGCUGGUCGGCGCAGGCUUUGAGCACUACCAGGUAUUCUGUCAGGGCCAGCAGCUUUCCUCUGAUUUACUCUCAAUACAUAGCGAACCUGGUGUCCUUGGAGGCUAAAUAUGUGAGGGCUGUGCUCAGAGGAGGCUGUGGGCAGGGCGGUGUGCAUGGGGGUGUCUGCAGUUCUCUCUCUUGUUCAACUUAAUUCCAACUCGAUUCAAAAUCAGGCCAAACUUUAUCUCUGUCAGAUCCACAGGCAAAUCCACAGAAACUGAGUUGUCACAUUUAAAGUCACAUUCAAAUUUGAAGCAUUUGGAAUUAAAAGAAAACAUGAUUUACAGACAUAAUAUAAACAUUGUUUAAUGGCUCAACCAGUACAGGUCACAGAAAGUCCCCGUCACACAGUGGAAACUCUGUUACUCAGCAGCCUUCAUUCAAUCACUGCGUCCUAGCUGACUGCCAAGAUUAAUAUCCUGGGCUGACUCAGAAGCAGAGCUGUUAAACUUGUAUGUGUCACAUGAGCGUAACUUUUAACUGUAUUGUGUCCUCCUGUUCUUUGUUCAGAGUUUAGUUGUUUCUCCUGUGUUUAACACGGCUUUGCCCACUGUAGUGUGUGUUGUGUGAUGGAGUACACAGGUUAAUUUGAAGGUCAGACUGCAGACCGACAUCCUGAACAGCAGUGAUCUAAUUCCUUGUGUUUGAGCGCCAUCUUGUGGUGAGUCUGGUAAUUUGUAAAAGGAUGAUGUGACUGGCUGAUGGAUGUUAAGCUGACCUUUUCUCCCCAUUGGUUGUUAGACAUUUUUUUCUGAUUCCAUUUUGUAUGCUGUCAGGCUUGGUUAGUCUGUGGAGCUGCAGAGGCGCAGAGAAGUUUGGAUCUGGCUGCAGCUGAAGGAAAAACUGAGGUUUGGGAGGAGUUUAGUAAAGUAGUGGAACAAGAUUUUCAGUGUCUGUUGGUUUCUAGAUUUUAUGUAUUCAUUUUGCUCAUGACCUAAUUUAAAAAAUGUGUUUACUGACAUGUUUCAUCCAAAGAAACAUUUUUCUCUUAAUGAUGAGAGGUGGAAACUACAGAACUACCACCCUGUAAGAGAGGGAGGAGGAGGAGGGUCUCGCUUGAUGCUAGUGUGGACCGAUCAAAGUUCAGUAGCACCUACAGAUGGAGAAAGCUUCUUCACUAUGGCUGCUCUUUUCAACCUCACUGCUGAUCUGCACAACAAACCAAGCAGGUCUGCUUUGGACCUCAGUGCUGGCUUGUACUUAAUAUGCAUCCUCCUCACAGCUCGUCUGACUGUGAGUCCCAGCAGCUCUCAGUUCUUUAAAGGAGACUUUGUGUCUCUGAGCUGUGAGGAGGACGACAGCUCUGCUGGAUGGAGUCUGAGGAGAAACACAAGCAGAGACACCGGAGCUGAGUGUGGAGAUGAGUGGGGAAGAUCAGCUGGUUCUUCCUGUAACAUCAGCUACAUCGACCCAUUGGACAGUGGAGUUUACUGGUGUGAGUCCAGAGAGGGUCCCAUCAGUAACAUGGUUAACCUGACAGUCACUGGUGGAUCAGUGAUCCUGCAGAGUCCUGUCCUCCCUGUGAUGGAGGGAGAUGACGUCACUCUGCUCUGUAAAACAAAGACCACUCCCUCCAACCUCCCAGCUGCUUUCUAUAAAGAUGGCUCCCUCAUCAGGAAGCAGCCUACAGGUCACAUGACCAUCCAGCAUGUUUCCAGGUCUGAUGAAGGCCUCUACAAGUGUGACAUCAGCGGUCAUGGAGAGUCUCCAUCCAGCUGGAUCACUGUCACAGGCAAACCUACAAACACAACCCUGGCCCCUGACCCCUCCUCCCCCCACCUUGUGUCCAGAGUUUUCCUCCACCUGGUGGUGUUCUGUCCAUAUUUCAUCUCCACUGUACUUAUGGUAUCUUUAUAUCGAUGGAGAGUCACAGGUAACACUCUCAGUCUCUUCAGUUAUUUAUCAAUCUCAGUUCUUUUUGACUCUUUAUACAAAUCUCUGAUUACACAUGUGACAGGAAGUGACCUUAUCCCUGUGGUAACAGCACCACCCACCCAAGCUAGGGAGAGACUGGCUGAAGACUGUGAUGACAUUGUUGGCGUGAUCACUGAGCAUCACUUCUGAGUUCCUGUUUAAUCUGUCAGAUUGUGGUCGUCACAUCUCUGUUAUUGAACAACGUGCGACACCACAGAUUUAAACUGGAAUUUUAUGCUUUAAUAAUAAAUAAAUACAUGAAGAAAACAUGGACCAGUCAAAGACUCGAUGGUAGUAAUGGAAGUUUAAUGGAUUUAAAGCACUUACAUGUAAUCAUCCUCCUGUCAAAGAUUCAAACAUUGUGUAAUAAAACAUGUGACAGUGUGUGAAACACCUGCACCUCCACAUUCUGCUCACAUGUUCAUGUUAAACAGGAAACUGAUCGACUACAGUGUUGUGAACAUCUGUUAACCACAGGCUAAAAGACCGGCGGUCCUGCAAGAACACCACCCACUGCUACCUUUCAUCUGCAAACACACACUGACUGCAGGAUUGGUACUUAGAAACUCUGGUUCAGUUUAUGUCAUUAAGAUGGGCAGUUAAAACUGAACCUGGUGUUGUGUGCUAUGAACUUAAAUUAAAUUACAAUCCAGGAUUCUGUUCAGACCUUUUCUUAGUUGGUUUCUGUAUGAUUACAAUCUCAGGUUUUCUUAGUUUUAGUUUUUGUUACCUUUUCCAAUAAAGUUUCUGUUGGUAGUUUAUCUUUAAUUCUUUGAGUUCCAGUUUAUUCUGUCUCCUCUAUAUUCUCCUGUAUUUUAAUGCUAAUCUUGCUCUUUUUGUUCCCUUCUUAUGUUGCUUCCUGUUUUACUUUGAUACCCUUUUGUUUCUUGUAUUUGAUUUUACAUCUUUUUAUUUGAUUACCCUUAUUAGCCUUUGUAUACUUAUAGCUUCAGUCUUCCUUUUUCACUUGUUGUGUCUUACUGUUUCCUCAGUGCCUUUUGGGGUUUGUGUCCUCGACAUUGUGGACUUUGUUUACUUCCCUUUUAAAUGUUCAUUCUGAUGGUUUUUAUCAGCCUUAAAUAAACCGCUGGUUUACCCUGCA